GCAACGAGAUGAGAGGAAGCCUCGAGAUGGAGGCAGGGGGGUAAUUUAACGCAAAAUAACAAGUUGAUAGCUAAUUUGGAGACGGUUGACUUAUCAUUUUCAGAAAGAGAACACAACAGUCUCCACAAGGAAGAGUCGUGUUUUAAAUUUAGAUAUAUAGACAGUCAGCACUGGAUAUUUUGGGUGUUAAAAAACUGUCACCAUGGCAACAGAUAUCGGCUCUCCUCCCCGAUUCUUCCACAUGCCUCGAUUUCAGCACCAGGCACCUCGGCAGCUCUUCUACAAGAGGCCAGACUUUGCCCAGCAGCAGGCCAUGCAACAGCUCACUUUUGAUGGCAAGCGCAUGAGGAAAGCUGUUAACCGCAAGACCAUCGAUUAUAAUCCCUCUGUCAUCAGAUAUCUGGAGAACCGAUUGUGGCAGCGAGAUCAUAGAGAUUUUCGUGCUAUUCAACCAGAUGCAGGCUAUUACAAUGAUCUUGUACCUCCGGUUGGUAUGCUUAGUAACUCUAUGAAUGCUGUUACGACAAAGUUUGUCAGAACCUCCACCAACAAAGUAAAAUGCCCCGUCUUUGUUGUGCGGUGGACACCGGAAGGGAGACGACUUGUCACCGGUGCCUCCAGUGGGGAAUUUACUUUGUGGAAUGGACUCACCUUUAACUUUGAGACAAUUCUGCAGGCUCACGACAGCCCUGUUCGGGCAAUGACCUGGUCUCACAAUGACAUGUGGAUGUUGACUGCUGACCACGGAGGUUACGUGAAGUACUGGCAGUCCAACAUGAAUAACGUCAAGAUGUUCCAGGCUCACAAGGAGGCGAUUAGAGAGGCCAGUUUCUCUCCUACGGAUAAUAAAUUUGCCACUUGCUCUGAUGAUGGAACUGUACGCAUCUGGGACUUUCUACGCUGUCAUGAGGAAAGAAUUCUGAGAGGUCACGGAGCAGAUGUGAAGUGUGUUGACUGGCAUCCCUUUAAGGGCUUGGUGGUAUCUGGCAGCAAAGACAGCCAACAACCUAUCAAAUUCUGGGACCCCAAGACUGGACAGAGUUUGGCUACACUACACGCUCAUAAAAACACAGUCAUGGAGGUGAAGUGGAACCUUAAUGGCAAUUGGUUGUUGACUGCAUCACGUGACCAUUUAUGCAAACUGUUUGACAUUCGCAACCUCAAGGAGGAGCUGCAGGUUUUUAGAGGACACAAAAAAGAAGCCACAGCUGUAGCUUGGCACCCGGUUCAUGAAGGCAUGUUUGCCAGUGGAGGAUCUGACGGAUCUUUGCUAUUCUGGAAUGCAGGUGUGGAAAAGGAGGUGGGAGGGAUGGAGAUGGCUCAUGAAGGAAUGAUCUGGAGUCUGGCCUGGCAUCCGCUUGGUCAUAUCUUAUGUUCAGGGUCUAAUGACCACACCAGCAAAUUUUGGACCAGGAAUCGGCCGGGCGACAAGAUGCGGGAUAGAUAUAAUCUAAACUUGUUGCCAGGGAUGUCAGAGGAUGGGGUGGAAUAUGAUGACUUGGAGCCCAACAGUAUUGCAGCCAUUCCUGGCAUGGGGAUCCCAGAACAACUGAAGAGUGCCAUGGAACAAGAACAAAUUGGUAAAGAGACUGUGACAGAGUCUGAGAUGAGCAUCCCAGGACUGGAUUGGGGAAUGGAGGAGGUCAUGCAGAAGGACAUGAAAAGGGCUCCAACCAAAAAGGUUCCCUAUGCAAAACCCAUUCCUGCUCAGUUUCAGCAGGCUUGGGCAGAUAAUAAAGUUCCAGCGAUGCCUCCUGGAGAGGUUCCAAAGGAAAGGAAGGAUGAGAAAAAAGGGGAUGGCAAGAAAAAGACUCAAGCAGAGAUUGAGCAGGAAAUGGCUACCCUCCAGUAUACAAACCCUAUGCUGCUGGAGCAACUAAAGAUCGAAAGAAUGGCACAGUUGCAGGAACAGGGAAUGCCUCCUGCUGGCCAGUCAGGACCAAUGCCUCCUUUUCCUGGGCAGGGUGGUUCGAUGCCCCCUCCCCCACAAGGCUUUCCUCAGUCGAUGCCCCCCCAACAAAUGUCCCACAACAUGCCUCCACCUGGCCCUGGUGGAAUGCCUGGUCCAUUCAUAUCUCCAGGUCAAAUGGGUCCACCAGGACCUCCCAUGCACCAGGGUCCCCCUCCACAGGGAAUGAUGGGACCUCCAGACAUGCAUGGACCCCCACGUCAUCCUGGCCCUCACAGGAACAUGGGACCCCAAGGUCCUCCUGGCAUGCCACCUGGCCCCAGAGGCAUGCAGGGUCCUCCCCCAGGACCUGGUGGUAUGAUGGGACCACCACCACGAGGACAGGGACCACAACAGGGAGGUAUGAUGCAUCAGGAUAUGAGGGGUCCCGUGGCUCAUGGAAACAUAAUGGGUCCUCAGGGUCCCAUGUCAGGGGGUAUGAUGGGACCUCCGCCCAGGACUCAUGGCAAUAUGCAGGGCAUGGGAAAUAUGCAUGGGAUGGGUCCUCCUCCAGGGGGUAUGCAUGGACCACCAAACAACAUGCAGGGUCCCCCAGGAAACAUACAGGGCCCUCCACCAUAUAUGCAAGGCAAACCACCACACAUGGGUGAUGGAAGCAGAGGACAGUUCAAUAAGGGACAGAAUUCUGGGCAUCAAUCAAUGAUGCAUGGCAUAGGACAGCAGGGCCCCAACACCAAAGGAGACGGAUCUCGAGGACCACCUAACCAUCAUAUGGGACCUCCACCAGAGCGACAAGGCCCAGGAGGACCAGGUCAGGGCUCUGAUGGGGGCCAGUACUGGGGUGAAGAGGGAGGUUAUCAAGAGGGCUGGAGAAGAGGUCCUGGAGACUCCAGGAGCCAUAGAGGAGGCUCUGGAAGCCAAUGGGAAAGCCAAGAAAUGUUCUCCUCCAAUGAUGAAGAGUACAUGGGUCACGACGGGUAUGAUGGGUAUGAAGGCUCUGGUGAAGAGUUUGAACAGAGACCGAGACGGCCACCACAUGGUGAUGAGUCGUACAGGAGGGGUGGCCAAAGCGGGCGUGGUGGAAUGGGAGGCUAUCAAGAUGAGUAUGGAGGAGAUGAAAGCUUCGAUUCUCAAGAAGAAAUGGGCCAAGGUUGGGGUGGAAGAGGCAGACCACGUGGCGGGCCACCAAGAGGAGGUCAUGAUGGCUAUCGGGAUGGUCAGCGCCCAGACCAUAAUAUUCACGACAGUCCCUCGCCAGCAAGUAGGGAGCGUUCCUCAUCUCUACAGGGUAUGGAUAUGGCUUCAUUGCCACCACGUAAACGGCCAUGGCAUGACGGCCCAGGCACAGGAGACAUGGAUUCUCCCAGUGCGGGACCUGACGAAAGAGGAGCAGGUCGACCACCAACAAGAGAUGACGGUGGAUAUGGGCCCCCAUCAAGGGGAGGACGAGGUGGCUGGGGCCGUGGUGGACCCCCUAACAGGCCUCCACGCGGUGUAAUGAGGGGAGGUCGGGGCCGGUAGGAAUAGUCAAGCCCGCUUUUCCAGGGCACAGGAGGACAAAAAACGGCUGCAGUGUCAACAAGGACAAAAAGAACCACACAUAGCCCAAAUAUCAGCUUCCUGAAAGAUGUUUGGAGGCACAUCAGCAAGAAAGUUGUGGAAUAAUUUGCCAAUCAUUUAGGUGCACUAUAAUUGUUGGCAAUGGUUUGCGUUUUUCCACUCUGACUUGUUGGACAGAAGGUGGUGGGUUCAUUGCUGGAGGACAAAAGGUUAUGCAGGUUUAGGUAUUUUGGCUCAUGAUGCCUUCUGCCACCUGCUGAUCCAGACUUUAUUAUGCAUGUACUCAUGGUACAUGAAACUUAUCACCCAACCAAGUGACGAAUGGAGGGUUCAUCAUGGUUUGAAGAAACAUCUCUUGUAAUAGAUUUGUUUGUGGUCCAGAAAGCAUAUUUGUGAUGCAUGGUACAACUCUAUGUAGAAGCCAUGGACAUCCCCUCCCAAAUAAUCACAUCAGCACUGAGCAGAUGACCUGCUUUACGAUUCAUUUGAACAAUGGCAACAUAAUUGAGUUUGUACCACCCCCUAACACCCCUUUGUCUUUUCCAUUUCGAUGAAAUUAAAUGAUUCUCAUGUAAAGAACACACAAGUGACAUGUCAUCCAGCAGCUGGAAGUCAAUUUAGGUAAGGGACGAUGCAAAAUUUACAUCAUCUUGAGGACUAAGUCUAUUAUAGGAGAAACUGGACUCCUGAAUGUUUAUUCCUCCAGUGGCUAUGUGCCAUGUAUUUAAUUUCCUUUUUAUGUAAGAUAAUGAAGAGAACCUUUCUGUAACAUUACCAGGUUACUCAAGUGACGAGGCUGCUUUGUUUGUAUGUACAGUUUGUCACAAAAGUUGUAUUGUUUUGUCAUUUUUGUAUGAAACCAAAAUAGAAUUUGUGCAAAAUUUA